UGAAAUGUUGCCUUGGCUGUCAUUCGCAGGCGCAGGUACGCUGUGACAUUGCGUUCAUCCAGGAAGUGACGUCUCCUGCACCGAAAGAGGAUAUGUGCACACAUUCCCGGCCUCCUCCAAGGAGUGGCAAAUGAUUAAAAAGUGAGCACCGCAGCCAGCUAGUCGUCAUCCAAGGUGAGAGGACGUCGACACCUCUCCGACUCGCGGCUCUUUGAGAAUCGUCUUGAGUUUGGAGACAAACUCUCCAUGCCGUUUGUCUCUGAUGGCGCCAGAAAUGAAACUUGCUUUUGUCCUUUGCCUCUUUGCUACCUAUGCAGUUCAGCGCGUCGUACUGAACCCAACAAAUCUAACCGCAUCCGAGCCGGCAAAUUCGACCGAGCCGGCUCAAUCGACCACCCCUGGCCAAAACCAUUCCACGCACUCAACCGUUUCUGUCAGUCCACCAACAAUUCCUCUGCCCACAGAGAAUCCAGACAUAUGCGCGCGACAGCCGUGUCCCGCCGGAAGCACGUGCCAGGUCCGUGCCAAUCAAACCCGGGUUUGCUUAUGUAUGGCUGGCGAUUACUACGACGAGGACAGCCGGCGUUGUGAGACUGCCAAGGUCUUUCCCGGACAACUGCAAGUGCCUGGAAUAGAAUUCGAAAAGGACAUGGGAAUCAAAACAUCGCUGGCAUUUCAACGUGCCGCGGAGCAAAUUUCUGAUGAGAUUGGUUCCCUUUUCAAUGAGAGUUCUGGCUACUCGCGUUCGAUUGUGUUGGAACUCAAGCAAUUGGGAAAUGCAAAAGGACGAGUCGGGGCCGGCGUCGGCGCCUCCGUGGAGAUGGUCUUCCAGACGUGGGCUCGAGUCAAAACACGGGACAUUGAGAAAGUCGUCGCCGAAGCCUCCGAAUGCGACGCGUGUCUUCUGGCAAAUUCCAAUUUCACAUACACGAGCCUGUGUACGAAGCAACCCUGCGAUGAGAAAACGGCGACAUGUUCAGCGGGAGACGAUGGAAAUUUCCUCUGCCGCUGUUCCGAAGCUUACGUCAUGACGGACUACAGUCACAGAGCGUGCGUUGCUUGUCCAAGUGGUCAGACCUCCAACGGAACUCGGCAAUGUAUCGAUUGCCCUUUUGGGUAUUCAGGGUUUAAUUGCGCCGAAUCAUGGAAGCUCGCUUUGGUGAUCGUCGCCUCGGUGCUCGGGGGACUGCUGCUCAUCGCGGUCGCCGUACUCAUCGUCAUGUCCGCCCGAUCUCCAAAGAAGACCUCCAAGAGAAAGAACGAUCCCGACACCGGGAAACCCGACGUGAUCCACUUCUCCGAUAAGCAUCCCCUGGUGACGAGCCGGCCGACCAACGGGCGGGAACCCCCGGCCAAGACCGAGCCGGCCGCGGCCGUCAAACCGUUUGCCGGCGUAGGGGCGCCCAGGAUCCCGCGGGCCACGGCGGCCAGCGCCUGGGACGGCGAGAACGGCCUGGAGAUGACGCCGAGCAAUAGCCGCCACGGCUCGGUGGCUCAGGGCAGAACUUUGUGGCGCAAUGACAACUUGGAGGACACGAACGGCGGUCCGUACUCGCGGCCCCGCAACCACACCGACCCGUACGCCCAAACCCGGCCCUUGAGCAACCCUUACUCGGAAUCCCGAUCCCUCAACAACCCUUACGCUCGGAACCAAGGCCAGAACAACCCAAACUUCUCACAUGACGACGAAAUGCCAUUCAACUACUGAGCCUGUAGUUUUGUCAUCUGAGACAAAACCGGGAUUUUGCAAUAGAUGCGGGGGGGGGGGCGUAUUCAUCACCGCUGCAAUCUCAUUUAUGAGCCAAUGUAAUGAAAUCGCUCAUUUAGUGAAAUCACAUUCAAUCUGAUAUUAAACGUUGUCUGGCCCCGUAAUGUCUUCCACGUUUUGUGCUUUCAUUUUGCACAUUUAUUCAUGUAUUGCUGUGGCCGCACAGAAAUGUGACAUGCCUAUUCUGUUUGGUCUUUUUUUUUUUUCUUCAAAGCUAACAAUAC